UCUCUCUCCUCACACACCUCCAAAACCAAACCAAAUAAAUCCCACCCCAAACUCACAUUCUUCUCUCAAAAUCCAAAACCUCAAAAUCCCAUGCCAAUGCAGAAAGCUUCACAAGCUCCUUCCAUGGCUCUUAAACUUGUCAUACUACUACUACCACUUCUUGCUACAACAAUAACCACUACCACUUCUUCUUCUUCUUCUUCUUCUUCAACAGCCAACAGAAUCUCGUACCCCAAGUUCCAAGACUUAGACGUCAAACAAACAAUCUCAGGCCUAAAUACAAAACUUACUACGCCGUCCGAAGACGCCACCAACGUAUUCGAAUACGACGAUCUUGGAAGCGAAAACGGCACCAGGAAAUGGAAGCUCAAGCUUGUCCACAGAGACAAGCUGUCCUCGUUUACAUCUUCCAUGAACAAGAAACUUGAUCAUAAUCAUAAUCAUAAUCAUGAUAAUGAUCGUCAUCGCCGGAUUUUCAAUGAGCGAAUGAAGAGAGACGCCCAUAGGGUGGCCAGCUUAGUUCGCCGGUUGGCUAAUAGUAGUAAUAAUUCACGAAUAUCCGGAUCCGACAAGUACGAGGUCGAGGAUUUCGGGUCGGAGGUUGUGUCGGGUAUGGAUCAGGGAAGCGGGGAGUACUUUGUUCGGAUCGGGGUGGGGAGCCCGGCGAGGAGCCAGUACAUGGUGAUUGAUUCCGGUAGUGAUAUAGUGUGGGUCCAAUGCCAGCCGUGCAGCCAGUGCUACCACCAGACAGACCCGGUAUUCGACCCUGCCGACUCGGCGUCCUACGAAUUUGUCUCCUGCAGCUCCGCCGUUUGUGACCGGCUCGAGGAUGCCGGCUGCAACGCUGGCCGGUGCCGAUACGAGGUGUCGUAUGGCGACGGCUCCUACACUAGAGGGAACCUCGCCCUUGAGACUCUCACCAUCGGCCGGGCCGUGAUCAAGGAUGUGGCAAUCGGGUGCGGGCACAUGAACCGAGGCAUGUUUGUUGGGGCUGCGGGUUUGUUGGGUCUUGGAGGUGGGUCCCUCUCGUUUGUUGGCCAGCUUGGCGGGCAAACGGGCGGGGCGUUUAGUUAUUGUUUGGUGAGUCUGGGCACUGGGUCGUCUGGGUCGUUGGUGUUCGGGCGUGGGGCUUUGCCCGUGGGUGCCGCGUGGGUACCCUUGAUCCGAAACCCACGGGCCCCCAGUUUCUACUAUAUUGGGUUAGUGGGUCUCGGGAUUGGAGGUACUCGGGUGCCCAUCUCGGAAGACAUGUUCCGACUAACGGAGUUGGGUGACGGAGGAGUUGUGAUGGACACUGGAACUGCCGUGACUAGGCUGCCAACGGCCGCCUACGAGGCGUUCCGUGACGCUUUUCUUCAACAAACCGCCAACCUUCCUCGGGCCCCCGAAGUAUCCAUUUUCGACACAUGUUAUGACUUAUACGGGUUCGUGUCAGUUCGGGUACCGACCAUAUCGUUUUAUUUGUCAAGCGGGCCGAUCCUAACCCUUCCAGCAAGGAACUUCUUGAUCCCGGUGGAUGACGUGGGCACAUUUUGUUUUGCUUUUGCUCCAUCCCCAUCAGGACUAUCCAUUAUAGGUAACAUUCAACAAGAGGGCAUCCAAAUUUCCUUUGAUGGAGCUAAUGGGUUUGUAGGAUUUGGUCCCAAUGUCUGCUAAAAGUAAAUAUAAAUUUUGCUAGACUUAGUUAUAAUAUAUAUUUUCAGUUAGUAUCUUAUACUAUAUUGUUAUAUAAAUUAUUCCUUAAUAUGUUAGAUGGGGCUAUGUUGUGUGAAUGUUACAUGAAUUAUAGGCUUAAGUUGUUCUUCUCACCUAGUGAGAAGUAAUGUGAGUAAUAGCUUUUCUAAUUAUUAUAUAUCACGAGUUUGGGAGAAAAUAAUGCAAACCUAAAGUUUUGAUUAAGCAAAGGGAUUAUAUAAAAAGAGUCAAACAUUCC